AUGAAACUUCCAACUCUCGCUCUGGCAUUGACCCUCACAUGCUCCUCGGUGAGCGGCUUUGUCGUUCCCACGGAACCAAGCAUUGUGUCAACCUCCACUUCCACUGCAUUGGAGGCUCAUUCUCGUAGACAAUGGCUGGCAGUAGGGGCAGCUGCCGUUUUUUUGCCGCUUGCUUCAGCCAAUGCCGAGCCACGUCCCAUGUACUUGACAGAACCUACAGAUGAAUUCAAGGCCAAUGAAGCCAAGGCUGCUGAAUUCAGACGGGUGCAACUCGCUCAGAAGAAGAAAUUCAUCGAUGCAGUGGACAAGCUGCUAAGUGAGGGUGAAAACGAAGAAGCACUGGCAGGCGAUCUCAAGGCUUUGCGAGUCCUUGUCAUUGAAACGGAGGGAUUGCCCAUCGGGAUCAAGAAGGAUGAUUUGUACAAGCAAAUUCGAAGCAAAAAGGCAAAGGGAUAUUGGCCAACCAGCGUGGAAAUUGCCUAUCAAAGCUUGAAGAAUGAAAUCCUGUUCCAGCAGAGCCCUGACAGUGAAAACAAAUCCGAGGGAAGCCCGUACUAA